AUGCAGGUUGGCAAGGUUGAAGGAGACAGAAUGAUAGAAGGUGCCAUCAAAACUGGCGAAAUGGAGAGGCGACUUAGAACACACAUACAGCAGAGACUUCGCAUCAAGACAGUGGAGCACCUGGCCGAGCAGUUUUCGGCUAGCGGCGUGAAGGACAAGGAGAACAUCAAGAUGAAGCAAGAGUACGACGAAGACGUGAGGCAUCAGUUGGAAGAGUCGGAGCUGAGAAGCCGAGAGAGGCAACAGAAACUUUUGGAGCAGAGAGAGAGAGAAGAAGAGAGAAGAAGCGGAGAGACGAAGAGAUCAAGAAGACGCGGCCAGAGAAUGUACAAAAGCUGCUGGAUUUGGAUCUGAGUGUGGCGGGAGUCAAGCACCUCAAGGAAAUCAUGAAGGGGAUGGGUAUCUCUUCGGUCGGAUCUUCGAAAAGGCCGAUCUCCGUAAACAUCUUGUUCAAAGUGUGCCCGAGC